CGCCCCUCUACGCUGUAGCCAAGUCAACUUGCGGACGAGACGCAACAGGCCGUGCUGGGUUGACAUUCCUUUCCUACUUGUGAACAAUGCCAAAGAAAGUGAAGCCCAAAGUGGAUGAGAACGAAGAAGAGUCUGUUCCUUGCAAGCAGGUUAAGGAGGAGCCUGCUACGCCUUCUGUAUUAAACUUUGACAGCCCCAGUAGUUUCUUUGAAAGUUUAAUCUCACCCAUCAAAGUAGAGACUUUUUUCAAGGAAUUCUGGGAGCAAAAGCCCCUUCUCAUUCAGAGGGAUGACCCUUCACUGGCUGCAUAUUACCAGUCUCUGUUCAGCCUCUCAGAUCUGAAGAGAGUCUGCAACCUAGGGCUAUACUAUGGAAAAGACUUGAAUGUCUGCCGGUGCGUCGGUGGGAAGAAGAAGGUUUUAAAUAGGGAUGGCAAAGCACAGUUUCUUCAGCUGAGAAAAGAUUUUGAUCUGAAGAGGGCAACAAUUCAGUUUCACCAACCACAGAGAUUUAAGGAUGAGCUCUGGAGGAUCCAGGAAAGGCUGGAGUGUUACUUUGGCUCCUUAGUAGGCUCCAAUGUGUACAUGACUCCUGCAGGAUCUCAGGGACUCCCUCCACAUUACGACGAUGUUGAGGUUUUUAUCCUGCAGCUGGAGGGAAAGAAACACUGGCGCCUGUACUCCCCAACUGUGCCUCUGGCACACGAGUACAGUGUGGAGCCUGAGGACCGGAUUGGCACACCAACACAUGACUUCUUGCUGAAGCCUGGUGAUUUGUUGUACUUCCCCAGAGGGACCAUUCAUCAGGCAGAAACUCCUUCAGGCCUGGCCCACUCUAUUCACCUGACUAUUAGCACCUACCAGAACAAUUCAUGGGGAGAUUGCCUUUUGGAUUCCAUUUCGGGGCUCGUCUUUGACAUUGCAAAGGAAGAUGUCGCGUUAAGGACUGGAAUGCCCCGGCGGAUGCUCAUGAGUGUGGAAACCCCAGCUGAUGUAACAAGGAAGUUGAGUGGCUUUCUGAGGACUCUUGCAGACCAGCUCGAGGGCAGAAAAGAACUGCUGUCAUCAGAUAUGAAGAAGGACUUUGUCAUGCACAGACUCCCUCCUUUCUAUUUGGGAAAUGGAACAGACACUAUGGACCCAGGUGAAAAGUUGCCAAGGUUGAACAGCAUAGUAAGACUGCAGUUUAAAGAUCACAUUGUCCUCACAGUAGGGCCAGAUGAGAAUCAAUCUGAUGAAGCUCAACAAAAGAUGGUUUACGUCUAUCAUUCUCUGAAGAAUGUGAGACAGAUGCACAUGAUGGGAAAAGAGGCAGGAACAGAGAUCUAUGGACUUCGCUUUCCUUUAUCACAUGUGGAUGCUCUGAAGCAAAUCUUGUGCGGGUCACCAAUUCGUGUUAAGGACCUGAAACUUCACACAGAUGAAGAAAAGGAAAACCUGGUCCUGUCUCUCUGGACAGAGUCUUUAGUCCAAGUGCUCUAGUGGCUUUAUGCAGAGAAUUGUUUGCUGUUUCCUCUACACAUAAAGGACUUGGUGUUCUGAUUAGUACUCAGGAUAGAGGUGUAGUUACAUAGAAGAACAGGGAACAGAAGCUGGUUUGUGUCUUCAUGGACACAAGAGGGAGAAUAAGAAAUUACUAAGCAUCCCAGGCUGUGAGAAAAUGAUAUUUUGGACAAGUUUAUUUAAUCCAGUGUUGUAGAAAAGGCACAACUCCAGUACAUAUGUCAUAUAGAAUUAUGUCAUAACCUGGCUUGUCUUGGUUCUUUGGAAGAAAUAACUCCUUUAAAGAACAUCCUUGGCUCCAAAAAUACUGUUUAACAAUUAGAAUUUAGGAAUAAAGUUGGUUUUUUUUUUUACAAUGAAAAUAUACAUACCUUUGAGCAUACAUGACCCCUUUCCCCAUUAAAAUAAACAUGUUUCAUGUAAUACUGCCAUGCCCAUAAGAGGUACCUGGCAUCUGUGGAUGUGCAGAGCUCUCAGAUGCUGCUUGGAAGAUGACAGAAGAGCCAGAGAUUGGAAAAAAAAAAAAAUCAGGCCAGUAUAUACAUGGAAAGAACAAGUGUAUAAAAAAA